GGCUCCUGGUGUCAGACACGAUUGGUCGAGCUGCCUGCCACUCACGUAAUCCGGAGCGGGGGCGGGGCUUGGUGCCCCGUGCCUCGCGAGGGCACAGAACGAGCCCAGUUCGGGUCUGCACAGCUGCGCGCGCUGUCCGCGGUGAUGGGACCCAGCGGAGCGCGCUCCGUUUCUCCGGCAUGUGCGUGAGCUUUCCCCCGCGUGCCGUGUGAGCACAGUUGGAGCGCGAGCGCUGUUCGCGGUGCUGAAAGCAUCCAGAGGCGCGAGGACAGCAGCGCGAGGCUCUGACCGGCAUGAGGAGGACGCUGUCCGCGGCGGGCUGCCUGCUCGCGUGGCGGGUAGUGCUGCUGCUCAGUGACAGCGUGGCUCGAUGUAAGGAGCUGGACCAUGCUGUGAGGACACGCCAGGUCCCGAUGUCUCCCUCUGACUUCCUGGACAAACUGAUGGGGAGGACUUCUGGCUACGACGCCCGGAUCAGACCGAACUUCAAAGGUCCUCCCGUCAACGUUUCCUGCAACAUUUUCAUCAACAGCUUUGGCUCCAUUGCUGAGACGACCAUGGACUACCGAGUGAACAUCUUCCUCCGUCAGCAGUGGAACGAUCCCAGGCUGGCGUAUUCCGAAUACCCCGAUGACUCUCUGGACCUGGAUCCCUCUAUGUUAGACUCCAUAUGGAAACCGGAUCUGUUCUUCGCCAACGAGAAGGGAGCCCACUUCCACGAAGUCACCACAGACAACAAACUGCUCAGGAUAUUCAAGAACGGCAAUGUUUUGUACUCUAUAAGGCUAACGUUAACUCUGUCGUGUCCCAUGGAUCUAAAAAACUUCCCGAUGGAUGUUCAGACGUGCAUCAUGCAGCUGGAGAGCUUCGGGUACACCAUGAACGACCUGAUCUUUGAGUGGCAGGAGAACGGACCUGUUCAAGUGGCCGACGGCCUCACGCUCCCACAGUUCAUCCUCAAAGAUGAAUCAGACCUCCGAUACUGCACCAAGCACUACAACACAGGAAAGUUCACCUGCAUCGAGGUGCGCUUCCACCUGGAGCGUCAGAUGGGCUACUACCUGAUCCAGAUGUACAUCCCCUCCCUGCUCAUCGUCAUCCUGUCCUGGGUCUCCUUCUGGAUCAACAUGGACGCCGCACCAGCCCGCGUGGCCCUGGGCAUCACCACCGUCCUCACCAUGACGACGCAGAGCUCAGUCCGGACCUCACUGCCUAAGGUCUCUUAUGUGAAGGCCAUCGACAUCUGGAUGGCCGUGUGUCUUCUGUUCGUCUUCUCUGCGCUGCUGGAGUACGCUGCCGUUAACUUUGUGUCGAGGCAACACAAAGAGCUGCUGCGCUUCAGACGGCACAACAAGAAUAAGAGCAAGAUCAGUGGAGGUGCCGUUGAUCCAGAGGAGCUAGCCGAGUCCCUUCGUCGUGUUAACACUGACGACGGCCUCAAAGCGGCAGAGCCUCUGUACGGAUCUAUGACCAACAUCUACACCAGCAACCACGGGGAAGGGGGGGCACAUGAGAGCAGGCUGACCCCUGCUGCCGCCGUGACCUCCACCCCGAGCAACAGCAAGGAGUCGAAGGCCAGCGCCAACAACGCCGUGAGUGCACUGAACACGCCGGGAGCCACGGCGCAGAACGCUACCCAGAAUGCACCUGCAGCAGCCAGUGGGGGUAAAAGCAUGGAGGAGAUGAGGAAGCUGUUCAUCGAUCGAGCCAAAAAGAUUGACACUGUGUCGAGGGCCGGCUUCCCGCUGGCCUUCCUCUUCUUCAACAUAUUCUACUGGGUCCUGUACAAGAUACUGCGGCACGAGGACGUGCAUAAGCAGUAGAGACAAAGGACGAGAGAUUAUUCAGACGCAGGCGCACGAACAUCUGCAUUUCCUUUUCCAUGAACCCCAGAGAGCCAAUCAGGAUGAUCUUUGUCAUGAAGGAUGGAUAAACUGGAUCUCUGCCUGAAAACCACAGAAAACUUUUUAAAGGUUCAUCUAGUUAAAAAUAAUCUUCUGAUAGUCUUUGAUACCAAGUCUGUGAUGUUGAAAUUAAAAAUGUUGUUGAAGAGUGCGUGGCAGACGUGACGGAGCAGCAGAGAGGGCGCUACGUGCCGGGAUUACGUCCUCCACGUGGAAUUCAUUCUUUUCCAGUCUGAUAAUAUUUUAGUGGUGGAAAAUCUGACCUGCCAAAGACAAAGUGGGGGAUUUCAGUUAACUGAAACCAGCUCGAUCAAUAGCGUGAAGGAUACUGUGACUCACAGCCAGCUGGGCUGAACGUCUCAACCACACGUAAGUGCGAGAAACUGCAGUUCCUCUAAUGGCCUCUAGAGGGCGGCGCCAAAAGUGAGUCAGCGCCUGUAGACUCGUAGACCAUCUGGUCUCUGUAGCUGAUUUCACCCUUUGUAACAACUUUAUCCAUUUAAACUGUAAGGCUUUGCAUUAUGAGGGGCGUGGCCUCGUGAUAAACAGGUGGGUGGAGACACAGGCGGUGUAUCAGUCAGCACAGUGGUCUUGAGUUUGAAGCACAGCCUGCAGCUUCACUUCCAGGUCUGCUGUGUUGUGUGUAACAGGUGUGAGGAUUCGAUUUCUCUGAGAGGCCCAGACGCUGAUGCAGCCUCAGCGAUCACAGGUCUGCUAUCAGCUGAACGUAAAACUUCUGGAAGCUUAAAAGUAUUUAGAAAAAUAACCAGUAAAAAGACAAGUGUGUAGAUAUCCUGUGUGCUGUGGACGUAUCUCAUCAGCAUACUAAUGUAAAAGUCUGAAAAAGCCAGAUUCCCAGACUGAAAUGCGGCAGGCGGCGUGCAGCUGAGCUCGGGCUCCGGGUGGAGAAGUGCAGCUUAGAUCUGUCUGUCUCUGCUACAGUUAAAGCCUCCGUCGCUCCACCGCAGUCUGAAGUCUGAAAAGUGUGAGCUCGUCUGUUUAAUCCUCUGAAACCAAUACUGGUUCAGACAAAGACACUGUACCAUAGUCCUGAGUUUUCUGUGAGUUUUAGUAUUGUGUCUGUUCUCGUGACAGAUCUGUUUCAGAUCAGCUCAAGCUGAGCUGAUUUGAAACCGCCUGGAAAGAAGUGAAGGCCACAAACCUGAGAAGGACUCUGAUGUCAAAGCCUUAAUGUUACCGUUCUGGCUGCCAAAGGGGAAGCGAUUACAUGAGCUAGCCUGGUUAGCAGACUGCAUGUAAGGGUGUGGCAAAACAAAGUGUCAUCUAAGUAAAAACCUUGAAUUUCGCUCACCGGAUACGACUCCAAGUGCAGUGACCUCACAGCAGCCAUGUUAUUGGUCACAUGAUGUCAUGGCUCCAAAAGGCUCUAACAGCACAAACACGGUCCAGAGGUCCAGUUCAGGUGAAGCUAGCAGCCGCCUGUGUCGCCAUCCACCUGCUGCAGAGGCGGGAGUCUAUCGGGACUGGCUCAGUGCCUCUAGUGGACGUCAGAGGAACUGCAGCACUGGUUCCAUCUUUCAGCUGAAGAUCAAAACACUUGAGCUGCCCAGUUCAGGUUUCCUCUCCGUUUAAAGUGACGCUUGCAAAAGAAAGAACAGCCAAACAAAAGCUGUGCGUCUUUGCAGCUUUCUGUCACUCAGCAUCGUGUGAGUCAGGUUCGAUGCACCCAUUGUGAGAGUUGUCCUUUCUGCACUGAUUUCCUCCCUGACACGCUGACAACGCCCUGAUGUUUCAUUACAGAUGUGUCAUACGUGCUUACACGACCCACACACUCAAACCUCACUGCGUAUGUUGGGAGUGGCCGUCCCACGCUGCGGCUGCGGCGGCGGCGGCGCACAGUCACACUGGAAGCUCACACUCACUCCCUUUAAGAACAUGCGAGCAGCUAGACCCAGGUUCAUCACAUUUCCAGUCUUCAUUUUCAUUUUUUGUGCAGACGCGCCGUGCGACAGAGUUUUGACAUUUGAAAUUCAUUUGGAGAAAGUGUGAGGUGCAGUCAGUCGCUUCAGCUUUGUGACUUUAGUUCAGGUCUGAAACGCAGCGAUUCUCUGCUUUGCUUGUUUUUGGGAUGAAUUACUGCUGGCUUACGUCACUUUGACCGUUCACGGACUUUCUUUGGAAUUUUGUUGUGUUUUCUAGGAAGCAGUGUGGUAACUUUAAUUACUUUCAGCUGCUGACAUGAGCAGUGAGGGGGGAGCUGCAGCAUUCAGUCUUCUCCUUUUAUAUCCUGCUGCAGUCAUUUGGCACGUUUAGCCAGUUUCCUAAUAAUGAAACCUCAUUUUCUGCACAAAGUUCACUGACACUGUGUCACAGUGACGUAAUCGCUGCAGCAGCGCAGGGAGAAGGCUCCAGGUUUGAGGACUCUGCAACGAGGUCCUCGGAGAUCCCAGAAAUCUAAAGAGCGCCUGCUGAACACGCUGCAGAUCAUCUCCAGAUCCAAGAAUGAAGGAAGGAUGUACGAUAAGAAGGUCAAAGGAAGAGAGUGUGUACAGGAAGUCAGAGGAACGGAAGCGUAGCGAUGUUCCUCGAUCUAAAGUGUGCAGAAUAUAAAUAGUGAAGUUCAUGAAGAUACAACAGCUUUUCCUUUCCUCAUGUGUCUUUAUUAUUUUUAAAGAAUAGAAGGAAAACACACUGGAGCGAGUGGUAUUUUCACAUAUUUGGUCAUUAUCAGCUGCUGGUUCCCAUUCAGUGUGAGAGUGGACGUGCAGAGACCUGAAGCUCGCCGUAACGUAUCCCCGAGCUGCGCUGCCGCUGUUGUGUAACGCUACUUAAGCCUCGCAGGAGAAAAACCAACGGUGAGGAAGAACAAUGAGAGACUGACAGCUCUUUAAAGAAGCUGCUGUCUGAGGUUUUGUCUCUGACAUGUCCUGAAAUGCAGACUUUAUAUAAACAGCAACACAUUUCAGGAGCUCAGGUGUGCUGAUCAAACAGGAGGAGGGGAGGAGAAGAAAGGGCGUGGAGGAGGAGCCGGGAGGGCAGGUACAACAAGUUGGAUUAAACCUGUAAUUAUUAUUCUACGGAGUUUACUUAACCU